UGUCUCCACCUUCAUUCACACUCCACACAAGCUUCUUCCUCUCUCUGUUGCACUAAUAGCUUCUUCUCUCCGUCGCAUGAGCUUUUUCUGCCGUUCGCGUCGCACGAGCUUCUCCGCCGCUGCUAUCGUCGCAUCUGCUCCAUUCAUUGCCGUCGUCACAGAACUCUCUACGCCUUCGCUCUUGUCGCAUUUACUCCCUUAAUGAAUUCCAGGUUUAUCAAUUAUUUUAUUAUCAGCGAAGAAAGAGAUUUUUGGUCGGUCAUUUCUGCAGCGAUUCGUGAAACUCGGUGGAAACUCGGUGGUUGUUGUUGAAUGGCGAAGCUUGGAAUGAUAGUUGACUCCGUUGGUAACUUCUUCUCCGGCAAAGACCGGCUUCCCUAGUGUGACCCUGACAUCGUCACUCAGCAGCGGCCAUCACCUUUGGCUUCAAGAAUUUGAUAGAAACUUUCACUGUUGAUGUGCACAGAGCAGAGAACAGGCCACUGAACGUGCCCUUGAUUGCACCUUUUACCAUUGCAUCAUCAAGGUUGGAGAUGGUAGAGAACGUGGCCGUUAGAAUUGAGCUCAGCAAUGGCUCUGUGGGUUGGGGUGAGGCACCAAUUCUGCCUUUUGUUACUGUUGAGGACCAGAAAACUGCCAUGGCCAAGGCUUCUGAGGCAUGUGCCUUUCUCAGGAGAUGUCCUUCACUGACACUGGGUUCCAUGUUGGAGGACAUUGUUGCUAUUCUUCCUGGCCAUGAAUUUGCUUCUGUGAGUGACAUUCAGUUAAACUCUUCAUCUUCAUCAUCAUAUUAAUUUUUUCUACUCAUUCUAAUGUUUUCCUUUUUUACUUUUGAAAGGGAGGUUUUGCAUGCACCUUUGCUACAUGAAUUCAUAUGGCUUUGAAUUAACUAUGAUCCUUCUUAUUAUUGGAGGGGAAUUUUUGUUUUGUUUCACUGGGAUUUGGAAAAUGAAAGAGAAUGUGGAAUUGGUAUUUGAGAUUUGUGUGGUGAUUCCCAAGAGAGAGGCGGUUCUUAAAGGAGAUGAAGACUUUGAUUGCAGCAAUGUCUUUGCCAGGGAGCUUAAGAAUGCAAGCUUGGUUGUUGACAGAGUUAUUGGCAAUUCUGAUGAGUUCUUCAAGGUGGCUGCACCUCUGGAGACAUUGGGGAGGGCUGUAGCUGAACUAAGAAUCAUGAAAAGAACUCGCAUUGGUAUGGAUUUGCAAUUUGAUAUGGUGGAGGUUGAUGCUUUUAUCAAACAGCCAGAUGGUUCACUCUUUAGUUGGUCAGCAAAUUUAGUAGUGCUCCCUGCUUUCUUCAUUGCGGUCAUACUACGGGCUAUUACGUUUUCUCAGUUCUGGAAAUGGAAAAAUGCUGCACUUUUAGCCAGGUGGCUUAUUACCUAUGGAAAUGCAGUUGAUGAAGAAUACAAGGUUGUUGGCAUGAAGGGUGGGGAUUUAAAUUCCACUUGUGAUGCAGAGAAGCCCCAACCAUUCCAAAAUAUAUGUUAUAUGUGCCCCCUUGAGAUGUGGCCAAACAUUUUCAAGAAAGCCAAAGAAUGAGGACUAAAUGUGAUUCAGACUUAUGUCUUUUGGAAUAUUCAUGAACCAGUACAAGGCCAAGUAAUCAUGUCUAAAGUGUUUUAGUACCAAGUUUGUUUCAAUUUUGAAGGAGACUAUGAUUAGUUUAAGGAGCUUGCGCAUUCCCACCUGCAUUCGCUAUGUCUGCUCUGAACAACAUUAUGGAAAUCAGGACAGAUGCUUUGAAGCUACUAGCAAUGAUGAAGCGGCCUGUCCCGAUUCAAUUUGAGACAAUAAUCACUUCCGUCAUUUCAAAGAUCGAACGUAGACAUGUUCUGUGAAGACAGCAUACAUCUCCAAAUUUAUGUGAAGAUAGAAAGUUAUGAGAAGACAGCUUACCUCUCCAAAUUUUCUGGAUAUAAAUUGUAGCAUUUCUCAAGGGAACUGCAUAUGCUCAGUCCAAUGCAAACAAAUCAAAGAAGAACAAGUAGAUGAACAAAUACUUUCAAGUUUCAGCCACACAAGAGUCUACCAUGGAGUGAAGAAUCAUGUAACUCAGAUUAGAUUGGACAGUUUAAACUUUAAAGAGAGCAUGAUGAGGAAAUAGUUUUAAAAUUUAGGCUGAAAGUCCUGUCCUUCUCUUUUGUAGUUUAAAAGAAAUUUUGGGGUAUCUUUUUAUUGAGACAGUGAGAUAUUGGAUAAUGGUGUUAAAAAAUAACACCCAAUUUUAUAGGUAUCAUGUAAUGAAUAUUAUGUUUAUUUAUGUGAUUUUUGGCUUUCUUUUUUUUCAA